AUGGCAUCGACUAAUUCAAUCAAUAGAUGGAGUGUACGAAUUUCUCCGCUUCCUACAUCUAUAAACUACAGUAAAUUAGCCCGAGAACUUCGUCUACCAACGUCUCGUGUUUUUAUUCCAAAACCUGUGAAGAAUAAUACAUCAUGCGCAUGGAUCAAUGAUUUCAAUACUGAACAAGAUGCAGAUGAAUUCGUCCGUCAAUGGUCCGGAGCUAUAAUUUUGGGACAACAAAUCAGAUGCGUUGCAUUACCAUCGAAACGGAACGAUACCAAUUCUUCAUAUACGCCUGCACAAACGCACGAUUUACAUUCAUUGAGAAAGCCUAGGUUACGGCAAGAGAAGUCUAGCGUACCAUUACCGAAAUCAAGUCAAACUGAAUACUGCAUUGGAGAUAGAUCAACAACAAGAAAUUUGAUAGAACAGUCAGACGUGCACAUAGCAGACGAAGAAGACGACGAUCUUUCAUCGGGUGAUGCAAGUAGUUUAAUCAGUGAUUCAUGUUCAUCAAUAACUUCUGUGCACUCAACUCUAUCGACAAAUAUGAAAUCGCAACUAUGCCAGUAUGGUGUGAAAUGUUUUAACGUGGAUUGUACUUAUAAUCAUCCGGAUGGUUGGAAUCCUUGUAUGGAUGGAGAAAAAUGUAACAAUUAUGACUGCACAGCUACUCAUCCCCCUCAACGAAGUGGGCAAUGCUUCAGUGGUAGUCGUUGUCUGAGAAGAAAUUGCAAAUAUCUACAUCCAAAAACACGUCCUGUGGAAUGUCAUUUGCGUACAAAAUGUAACAAAUGGGAUUGCACAAAGUUACAUCCAUGUACUCGAACUCGAUUGUGUCCGAAGCAAUCGAAAUGUACUGACCUGUCUUGUUCAUGUUUGCAUCCACCAGAACGCAAUGCAGCACUUUGUGUGCUCGGUGCUGAUUGUCGAGAUAUAUCCUGUACACUAAACCAUCCAUCGGAACGUCCAACACGAUGCGAUCAACCUGAUACAUGCUGCGAUGUUAACUGUAUUCGUCUGCAUUAUUCGCAAUGGGAUCCAAAUGAGAUAGCCGAAAGUCAACAGAUCAGGAAAAAUCAAUCAAAAAAUCUUGAACAGCGAAUCAAAGAACGUUUAGUAGCUCAUUUACCAAUUCUUUCUGCUCGAGAAGAAUUUUGUCGACGUCUUCAACACGAACGUAUUUUGAUCGUUACUGCUGAGACGGGCAGUGGAAAAAGUACGCAACUACCUCAAUAUGCAGCAGAAUAUUUCGGUUCACUUGUCGUCUGUACUCAACCUCGUGUUGUUGCUGCACUCUCACUGGCUCGUCGUGUUGCUGAAGAAUACGAUGGUAAAUCGGUCGGUGAAUCCGUCGGAUAUCAAGCGGGUAAUGCCGGUCGAGUGCAAGGCAAGGAUAUUAUGUACAUGACUGAUGCUGCACUUAUUCGAGAAAGUCAACAUGACCCACGUUUGCAACAUGUUCGCGUACUGAUUAUCGAUGAAGCUCAUACUCGAUCAUUAAAUACUGAUAUCGUCCUUGGCCUUGCGAAAAGUUUGUUGGUACAACGUCCUGAUGAUUUCUAUGUCGUUAUUGCUUCGGCGACCAUUGAUCCAGCCCGUUUUCUCGAAUUUUUCGAAUGUUCGACAAGUCAACCUCUCGAAGUAAGUGGCCGAGUUUAUCCUGUAACGAAAAUUGAGAAACCAGCACCACCGAAAUACGUCGAUCAAAAUUUCAUUUCGUCACAUGUUAUUCCGUCAGUUAUUGAACUCUAUCCGCAUCAUCAAGGACAUACACUCGUCUUUCUUCCUGGUCAAGGUGAAAUUGAACUUGCGUUAAAAUUAUUCAAAUCGGAUUUACCCAACGACUGUGUGGCACUUCCACUGUACGGUUCACAAUCACCCGAAGAUCAAGAUAAGGUUAUAAAAUUCAAUGAACAAGACAAACGUAUGGUUGUUUUCUGUACGAAUGUUGCAGAAACAUCACUAACCAUUCCAAACGUUCGAUUAGUUAUCGAUUCUGGUUUAGCGAAAGAAGCUCGUUAUGAUGUCAAGCGUCGUCUAACUGUUCUCGAAACCGUCCGUAUUUCGCGUUCAUCUGCUGAUCAACGUCAAGGUCGUGCUGGUCGAACGGCACCUGGUCACUGUGUUCGUUUGUAUGAGGAUAAAGAAUUGAUACGGCCACAUAUUGAACCGGAAAUUCUCCGGUCAUCGCUCGAUCUUGUCUUGUUACAGCUCAUUCGACUGAAUUUCGAUCCAAGAACGUUCUCAUUCAUGGAUCAACCCCAGAAUGAAAUGAUUAAUUAUUCGCUUGAUCUUUUAACUAGACUUAAUUGCAUAGAAGAACAAAGAAUUACUAAACGAGGCGAGUUGUUCACCGAACUGGCACUUGACCCACGCUUCGGUGCAUUUAUCGUAGAUAUCUAUAGUGAGUACAAAAAUCUAUUGGACCAAGCGGCUGCUACUGUAGCCAUUCUUUCGGCACCUGGAGCCAUUUUUUUCAUGGGCGGUAGUACACAGGAGGCGAAACAAGAAGCAAAAGAACGUGUUGCUCUCGAAGCACGUCAUUAUAAAAGUGACCUUUUACAUUUAUAUUCUGUCUACGACCGAUGGAAAAAUGCUGCUGGACAAAACAUACAAGGCAGAUGUUCGAACUGCAAUAAAUUCAUUAAAUAUUGUACAUGUCGAGUGAGACACAGCAAUGAAAAUAGUUUAAAUAAUAAAAUUCUUCAACAUGUUGAUGGCGCAUGUAUGGCCAUAAUUCAACAAAUAAAAAAUACUCGUUGGCUUCAACCCGGUGUAAAACUUUCCGAUGAUCCUAUUCGAAUCAUUGGAUAUCAUCUUGCAAACCUCUUUCCCGAACAAUGCGGAUAUCUACUUGUUCCGAAAUUACCCAUCGAAGGCGUUCGUCUCGUAUCAACUGAUAUUCGAGCAACCAUCAGUAACACUAGUGUCUUCAUGCAAAAACUACAGAAAGAUUCCGACCGUGAACUUUAUCAACAUUUUAUUGCGAUGAACAUAACACAGUUACCAUCGGGAAGAUAUAUCAUCGAAAGACUACAUCCGAUCUUGAAGUCUGAUGUCCCAGUACAAUCAUCGAUAGAAAAUUUAGUAACAUUAGAAAAUGUUGGAUCGGAACUGGCGAAACAAUUACGCUUCAAAUUGACCGCAUUUAAGUUUGAACCUUGGGCGAAGUGGCUUGUUUACCAUUACGAUCGAACUCAGUUUCGUUUUCUUAUUUGGGGCUUAGAAGCAGAUAAAUCAACAAUCGUAUCUAUGGUUCAACGUUCCUAUGAUGAAGCUUUGAAAAAACUUUAUGAUGCGUAUGAACUCUUAGAUUGUGGCCCAAUUAAAGCAAAUUUUCAGAGCGGUUUGGUAUGUACGCAUAUUAAUCGCAUGCCGGAUGCUUUGAAACUUCAUUUGCAAAAUGUUCCUGUUCAGCAAGUAGGCUCUUUGAAAGAUUGGAUUAAAAAAAUGACUGAUAUCGAAUGGGAUGAAAUAAAAGCACAUGGUUUUUACACUUCAAAAGUCGAUCCAGAGAAGAAAAAUGUUUUUCUUGUCUUCAAAAAUGAAAAUGCAUUUCAACGAGCAUCGAUCAAAAUUCCAGUACAGUACAUGAUUACUCAGAUAAAUGGUGUCGAACGAAAUCGCAAUGGGGAAAAGGAAACCUGGGCUCGAGAAUUGGUAGUUCAAACUCCGACGAAUAUUACCGUUGACGACAUUAUCGAAGUAUACGGCAAAGGUAAUAUCAUGGCGUGCAUUCAAGAAAAUAAAGAGUCACACGCUGAAUCGUAUAUCAAAUUGGAUACUUUGCCGCCUAAUAUUAAUGAAGAAUUACUUCGUAACUGUCUUCAUGAAUGUGGUGGACCUGUUCCCAAAUCUGUGUAUGUUGGACGGACAAAAAAUAACGCCAGUGGAUGGGCCAAAGUAAUAUUUCGGAAUGACCAAGAACGUAAUGAAGCAGCAAACAUUUAUAACGCACAGUUAUGUCGCGAUAUAUUUCUAAUAAGUUUUAUCGGCAAGAAUGGUCUGAUGAAACAAAAAUCUGUUCGAACGACCGUGACGAAAAAUGAUGAUCCUUUUGCAAGGCAUAACCGGAUGUGUAUCGCUCCUACAAACGUUUUUCGUCUUACGACGGUGAAUCGUGAAGCUGCUCGCUCAAUAUAUUCUUCCCAUUUGCAUUCAUUCUAUUGGAAGAUGGAUAGUUCAGCAACAGUAACUGUCCUUCGAACGGAUUUAUAUCGAAAUUUUGAUAACACAAUAGACAACAUCUGCAAGAAAUUUUGCGUCCAAGUAAAACGUAAGAAUAUUGCAAAUUUUGGUCAACGAUGCACAUUCAACAAUGGUGAUCCGCAGAAAACCAGCUUAGCUGCAUCCACGCUUGCGCAAACGUUCGCACCGAUCAAUAUCAAAUUGAAUACUGAACGACAGAAACAAUUAUUCCAUGAAUUGGAAGAUAUUGGCGAAAUACAAAAAUGGGCGCUAGAAUUAUGUUUAUGUAUUAAUCCGAAUAGAUAUUUUACAAAUAUUGAAAUUCAUGGCACACAAACUGCUCAAGGCAAAUUAAUGCGUCGCAUUGCCGAUUAUUCUGAAAGCUUCGAUAAACGUUUUCGUGAACUGGAAUUAAGUGCAAGUGUAGCAACAUUCUUUGGGCCGCAGAAAUCUGCAUCAACUCGAUUACAACAGAUUGCAUCUGAAUGGUUGUCGAAGUCUUGUUUAAUUUCAUUUAAUUCGAAAUCAGCAACAAUUACAAUCAUCGGCAAACCAAACAUAACACCGAUAGAGAUGAAAGCUUGCGAAGAUGAAGUACUUCAACUUCUGAACGAAAUUACUGCCACGACGGAUAGUACAGAAAGUGAUGACGACGAAGAUGAAGACGACGACAAUGAUGUGAUACGUUUCGAGAUAGGAAGACAAGAACGUCGAUGUGUUUUCUGCCAACAGAAAUCAUCAAUUUCCACGGAUGUUUUUCGAAUAUGUGGGCAUACAUUUUGUCGUUGCACAGCUCGAGCGCUCGCUACAUCUUGUGCAUUUCCACUUCAAUGUAAAGCUUGCCAGUCCAACAUUCAUAUUCGCGAUAUCCAAACUAUCUUUAGUAACAAUGAAAAAUUAUUCAUGACUUUACUUAAAAAUUCCAUUCAGUUUUAUUUAACAAUGAAUACUCAAAAUGAUAAUCGCGUCUUUUGUCCGAAUAGUGACUGCGAUGGAUUGAUAAAACUUGAUAAUGGCUAUCACAUGUGUUUAACUUGUGGUCAAAAUGUUUGUCCUCGCUGUCAAGUUAUUGAUGACGAAUUGCACAUUGAUCGAACAUGUGACCAAGUCGUCGAGGAAAAGAAGCAUCAUCCAUUCCUAUCGGAAUUAUUUUCCGCUGCGAGAAAAUUUGUUAAAAACAAUUGGCCAUUCGACUCAAUUGUACAACCGAUGGGCACUGUAUUCGAAAAUCCUUAUUUAAGAAAAGAAUAUCAAUCAUUAAUACGUUUCUACAAAGCUAAUCAAGUAUUAGGUCAUUCAGUUCGACCAGAUAUGGCCAAAGGAUUCUUCGCGUAUCAUGGUUCGACGACUGAAGCUAUUGUUCCUAUAUGUCAGAAUGGUUUCGAUCCAAACCGGCGCAUAAAUCAAGUUCAUGGACCAGGUUACNCUCGUUAUGAUGUCAAGCGUCGUCUAACUGUUCUCGAAACCGUCCGUAUUUCGCGUUCAUCUGCUGAUCAACGUCAAGGUCGUGCUGGUCGAACGGCACCUGGUCACUGUGUUCGUUUGUACGAGGAUAAAGAAUUAAUACGACCACAUAUUGAACCGGAAAUUCUCCGAUCAUCGCUCGAUCUUGUCUUGUUACAGCUCAUUCGACUGAAUUUCAAUCCAAGAACUUUCUCAUUCAUGGAUCAACCCCAGGAUGAAAUGAUUAAUUAUUCGCUUGAUCUUCUAACUAGACUCAAUUGUAUCGAAGAACAAAGAAUUACUAAACGAGGCGAGUUGUUCACCGAACUGGCACUUGACCCACGUUUCAGUGCAUUUAUCGUAGAUAUCUACAGUGAGUACAAAAAUCUAUUGAACCAAGCGGCUGCUACUAUAGCCAUUCUUUCGGCACCUGGAGCCAUUUUUUUCAUGGGUGGUAGUACACAGGAGGCGAAACAAGAAGCAAAAGAACGUGUUGCUCUCGAAGCACGUAAUUAUAAAAGUGACCUUUUACAUUUAUAUUCUGUUUACGAUCGAUGGAAAAACGCUGCUGGACAAAACAUACAGGGCAGAUGUUCGAACUGCAAUAAAUUCAUUAAAUAUUGUACAUGUCGAGUGAGGCACAGCAAUGAAAAUAGUUUAAAUAAUAAAAUUCUUCAACAUGUUGAUGGCGCUUGUAUGGCCAUAAUUCAACAAAUAAAAGAUACUCGUUGGCUUCAACCCGGUGUAAAACUUUCCGAUGAUCCCAUUCGAAUUAUUGGAUAUCAUCUUGCAAGCCUCUUUCCCGAACAAUGCGGUUAUCUACUUGUUCCGAAAUUACCCAUCGAAGGCGUUCGUCUCCUAUCAACUGAUAUUCGAGCAACCAUCAGUAACACUAGUGUCUUCAUGCAAAAACUACAGAAAGAUUCCGACCGUGAACUGUAUCAACAUUUUAUUGCGAUGAACAUAACACAGUUACCAUCGGGAAGGUAUAUCAUCGAAAGGCUACAUCCGAUCUUGAAGUCUGAUGUCCCAGUACAAUCAUCGAUAGAAAAUUUGGUAACAUUGGAAAAUGUUGGAUCGGAACUAGCGAAACAAUUACGCUUCAAAUUGACCGCAUUUAAGUUUGAACCUUGGGCGAAGUGGCUUGUUUACCAUUACAAUCAAACUCACUUUCGUUUUCUUAUUUGGGGCUUAGAAGCAGAUAAAUCGACAAUCGUAUCUAUGGUUCAACGUUCCUAUGAUGAAGCUUUGAAAAAACUUUAUGAUGCGUAUGAACUCUUAGAUUGUGGCCCGAUUAAAGCAAAUUUUCAGAGCGGUUUGGUAUGUACGCAUAUUAAUCACAUGCCGGAUGCUUUGAAACUUCAUUUGCAAAAUGUUCCUGUUCAGCAAGUAGGCUCUUUGAAAGAUUGGAUUAAGAAAAUGACUGACAUCGAAUGGGAUGAAAUAAAAGCACAUGGUUUUUACACUUCAAAAGUCGAUCCAGAGAAGAAAAAUGUCUUUCUUGUCUUCAAAAAUGAAAACACAUUUCAACGAGCAUCGAUCAAAAUUCCAGUACAGUACAUGAUUACUCAGAGAAAUGGUGUCGAACGAAAUCGCAAUGGGGAAAAGGAAACCUGGGCUCGAGAAUUGGUAGUUCAAACUCCGACGAAUAUUACCGUUAACGACAUUAUCGAAGUAUACGGUGAAGGUAAUAUCAUGGCGUGCAUUCAAGAAAAUAAAGAAUCACACGCUGAAUCGUAUGUCAAAUUGGAUACUUUGCCGCCUAAUAUUAAUGAAGAAUUACUUCGUAACUGUCUUCAUAAAUGUGGUGGACCUAUUCCCAAAUCUGUGUAUGUUGGACGGACAAAAAAUAACGCCAGUGGAUGGGCGAAAGUAAUAUUUCGGAAUGAUCAGGAACGUAAUGAAGCAGCAAACAUUUAUAACGUACAGUUAUGUCGCGAUAUAUUUCUAAUAAGUUUUAUCGGCAAAAAUGGUCUGAUGAAACAAAAAUCUGUUCGAACGACCGUGACGAAAAACGAUGAUCCUUUUGCAAGGCAUAACCGGAUGUGUACCGCUCCUACAAACGUUUUUCGUAUUACGACGGUGAAUCGUGAAGCUGCUCGCUCAAUAUAUUCUUCCUAUUCGCAUACAUUCUGUUGGAAGAUGGAUAGUUCAGCAACAGUAACUAUUCUUCGAACGGAUUUAUAUCCAAAUUUUGAUAACACAAUAGACAACAUCUGCAAGAAAUUUUGCGUCCAAGUAAAACGUAAGAAUAUUGCAAAUUUUGGUCAACGAUGCACAUUUAACAAUGGUGAUCCGCAGAAAACCAGCUUAGCUGCAUCCAUGCUUGCGCAAACGUUCACACCGAUCAAUAUCAAAUUGAAUACUGAACGACAGAAACAAUUAUUCCAUGAAUUGGAAGAUAUUGGUGAAAUACAAAAAUGGGCGCUGGAAUUAUGUUUAUGUAUUAAUCCGAAUAGAUAUUUUACAAAUAUUGAAAUUCAUGGCACACAAACUGCUCAAGGCAAAUUAAUGCGUCGCAUUGCCGAUUAUUCUGAAAGCUUCGAUAAACGUUUUCGUGAACUGGAAUUAAGUGCAAGUGUAGCAACAUUCUUUGGGCCGCAGAAAUCUGCAUCAACUCGAUUACAACAGAUUGCAUCUGAAUGGUUGUCGAAGUCUUGUUUAAUUUCAUUUAAUUCGAAAUCAGCAACGAUUACAAUCAUCGGCAAACCAAACAUAACACCGAUGGAGAUGAAAGCCUGCGAAGAUGAAGUACUUCAAUUUCUGAACGAAAUUACUGCCACGACGGAUAGUACAGAAAGUGAUGACGACGACGACGACGACGACAAUGAUGUGACACGUUUCGAGACAAGAAGACAAGAACGUCGGUGUGUUUUCUGCCAACAGAAAUCAUCAAUUUCCACGGAUGUUUUUCGAAUAUGUGGACAUACAUUUUGUCGUUGCACAGCUCGAGCGCUCGCUACAUCUUGUGCAUUUCCACUCCAAUGUAAAGCUUGUCAGUCCAACAUUCAUAUUCGCGAUAUUCAAACUAUCUUUAGUAACAAUGAAAAAUUAAUCAUGACUUUACUUAAAAAUUCCAUUCAGUCUUAUUUAACAAUGGAUACUCAGAAUGAUAAUCGCGUCUUUUGUCCGAAUAGUGACUGCGAUGGAUUGAUAAAACUUGAUAAUGGCUAUCACAUGUGUUUAACUUGUGGUCAAAAUGUUUGUCCUCGCUGUCAAGUCAUUGAUGACGAAUUGCACAUUGAUCGAACAUGUGACGAAGUCGUCGAGGAAAAGAAACAUCAUCCAUUCCUAUCGGAAUUAUUCUCUGCGGCGAGAAAAUUUGUUAAAAACAACUGGCCAUUCGACUCCAUUGUACAACCAAUGGGCACUGUAUUUGAAAAUCCUUAUUUAAGAAAAGAAUAUCAAUCAUUAAUACGUUUCUACAAAGCUAAUCAAGUAUUAGGCUAUUCAGUUCGACCAGAUUUAGCCAAAGGAUUCUUCGCGUAUCAUGGUUCGACGACUGAAGCUAUUGUUCCUAUAUGUCAGAAUGGUUUCGAUCCAAACCGGCGCAUAAAUCAAGUUCAUGGACCAGGUGAAUAUUUUGGUGUAUCUGCACUUAUUUCCGAUGCAUAUACUAAGAAGGGCAUUGAUUAUAAUGGAUAUAGUCAAAUGAUCAUUGCUUUUAUUCUUCGAUGCACUCAGGUUACAAAAAUCGAAAAUUUCUGCUAUGUUGUCAAUAAUCCGAAGGAUUGGACAUACGCAUUUAAUUUACCUGUGCUUAUCGUCACCUAUGGAAGAAAUCUUUAUGGUCAGAUAUCUCCUUUUCCUAGUGAAAUACCGUACUAUUCCGAGAUAGAAUCGCUUUGGAUCGCACCUUUUCAAUGGUACUGGCAAAAAAGUAAUGGGGAGUUUCAUCUGUAUAAUGAUAUGAUGAAUGAAAUAUUCGAAAAGCUUUACGUACACUGGAAGUUGUACGAUGAACCUUCCGAAUUUGAAACUCCACUGUUAAGUUCGCUCAUAGAAGAUCUCUCUGCGACUUAUAAAAUCGAUUUGGCAAAUAAUCGACAGACGAAUACAAGAACGUCACAUUCACGACUGAUUGUACGGCGAUUGACACAUACAUCAUCAGAUAAUCGACAUUGGUUCUAUUUCGAUGAUAAUACUGGUUGGAUAUGCUACGAGCAACAAGCAGAAAAUCAAAUUGAGCAAGCAUUUCAAUGUUAUCGUUCUGGUCAAGGAUCCUUCACUGUAGAUAUUCGCCUUUCUGGUCGAUCCGAUACACACCAAUUUAAUUUCUUAAAAGGCCAACAACGAAUCAAAUCUACUACCAUGACAGCGAAUAUCAAACGUGAAUGA